GCCCCGGAAGUGACGUCAAGAGCCGGGCAGCCCGGCACCAGCGCUGGCAGCAGCUCCAGGGCGCGGCGCAGGAUCUGCCUGUUCUGGACGCUUCCUGUAACAGCCGUCAUGUGGUCAGUGACCUUGCAACUCUGGAUAAUCUCACCGGGCAUCAUGAUUCUUGAGAGAAGGACUAGAGGCGUGGUCUGAUCCAGCGGCUCACCCCAGGUCACACAGUGACCUCCUGAAGCGCAGCCUCGCCACCUUUUAUGUAGGUUCCAUUUCGGAUUGACACCCGUGGUCGCCUUGGCACCAGCCCCCCCAGUGACCGUGGCGACUGCAGCUCCCCUUCUGUCACCGCAGCGGCCAGGAGGUGACCCUGGGGGUGUGUGCACGAUGACAGACCACAAGGACUUAGAAGCCGAAAUCCACCCCUUGAAGAACGAUGACAGGAAGUCGCAGGACAGCCCGGGAAACCCCGCGCCAAAGGAACCGAACCCGAAGCCGGCGGCGCCGGCGGGCCUGUCCCGCUGCAGGACGGUGGCCUUCUUCCUCUCGCUCUUCGCCUUCCUCCUGGCGGUGUUCGUGGUGUCCUUCAUCAUCCCGUGUCCCGACCGCCUGGCCUCUGGGACCACGUGGAGCGUCAGCUACAACGUGGCAGUCGCCUAUGACUUUCUGGCCACCAACGAUGUAAACAAGGACAGAAUCCAAGAUGUCCUCUUCCUUUAUAAGAACUCCGAUGGCGGCAGCAAUGUCAGCCUCGCCUGUGCCGAGGAAGGCUUCUCCUCCCCCUGCACCUUUGUGGCCGCUGCAUCGGGGGCCAAUGGCACGAUUCUCUGGGAGAGGCCGGCGGCCCAGAACGGGGCCCUGGUGGAGUGUGCUGGCCUCCAGCCGAGGGGCGGCGAGGCGCCUGCUGCCUGCAUCCUCCUGGGCAGACCUGGCCCUUUCAUCGCGGUGAACCUGGUCACAGGGGAGACCCUGUGGACCCACCCCAGCAACUUUGGGGGGAACACGUCCAUCCUGAGUCCUCUGCUCUGGGUGCCUGACGUCGACGCGGACGGCGCCCCGGACCUGCUGGUCCUCACCCGGGAGGAGAAGCAGGUUAAUGGCUACAUCUAUUCCGGGAGCACCGGGCAGCUGGUCGGCCCCCCGGGCAGCCUGGGUGUGGAUGGGACCAGCGGCGCCAUCCUCCACGUCACCAGGACGGGUGCCCCCUACGUCCUGCUCCCCUGCGAGAGCUCCCUCUGUGGCUGCUCGGUGAAGGGCCUCUACGAGAAGGCGACCGGGAGGGACAGCCUGCUCAAGACAGACCCCCUCUGGGAGGACAUGCUCAAUGCCACCUCCCACCAGCUACAUCUGCACAGCUGGGGAGCCGUCCGCUAUGUGAUGACCGUUCCGGGGAAGGCGGGCGAGGACCUGCUUCUCGUGACUUCGGAGGCCUGCGUGCUGCUGGACGGGCAGGACCUGGCACCCCGGUGGACCCUUGGUGCAGCCCAGAUCCUCAGAAAACCCAUCCUCGGCCACUACAAACCCGACACCCUGGCCGUGGUUAUCGAGAACGGGACCGGCACCGACAGACAGAUCCUGCUUCUGGACCUCAGCUCUGGGGCCGUCCUGUGGAGCCAGGCCCUCCGGGGCCUCCCCGGGGACCCACAGCCCGCCAGUCUGCCCACUGCCGACCACCGUUCUGCCUUCUUUUUCUGGGGCCUCCACGAGCCGGCUGGUGCCAAUCAGACGGACCCCGGAGCCGCCCCGCACAGCCUGUACCUGUUCCACCCGACGCUGCCCGGCGUCCUGCUCGAGCUGGCCAGCGUCUCCGCCCACAUCGUCGCCUCCCGCGUGGUUCUGCUGGAGCCGGGUCGCCACGCUGCCUGUGUCCUCCUGAUGGGCCCGGCCAGCCCGGAUGUCCCCGGCCUGGUCUCCGUGGCCAAGUACAAGGUGCAGGACCUCGUUCCGAGCAGCAGGGUGAUCCACCUGGUCCAGGGUGGACCCGACAGUGACCAGGCCGUCAGGAACCGGUUCUCCCGCCUGCGGUACCGAAGCGAAGCCUAGACCUGUGGCGGGAGGCGGUCAGCCCUGGACGCCGGCGCUGGCUGCUCCCUCCCUGGGGCCUCCCCCUCCCACCAGCACGCCGGGUCCUCCGGCUGGUCCCCGCUCCGUGCCGCACGGGGGGCUCUCCACCUGCAGGCGCCCAUCUGUCCAUCUGGGCCUUGUCUCUGUGCACUGUCUCCCUGGGGUUGUAGAGCUCAGAGGGGCCGGGCCCUGGGUGGCCUGAGGCAAUUCCAGCCCCUGCUAUGGUCCGUGCUGACGCGCCUGCGUCGGGGCCUGGGAGGACCUGGUGGGUGGGGCUGUGAAGAGCUGUGCGGUCCGAGGACCUGGUCACAGGACACGUGCUGGGAGCACGGGACCCCUGGACACACACUGGGCUCUUCGUCACUCGGCGUCCUUGUGCCCCUGGACGUGGCCAGCAUCCCUCCUCCCUCCUGGUGCUUCGAUGCCCCAGCAGUCGGUGUCACCUGAUGCCAGACUCACCUCUGUGCCUUGUUCGCCCCAGGCCCACCUGGUGCUCUGUGUGGCUCCGCUGUGCCCAGACAAAAGAAAGCAGCCUGAUGACACUGGGAACCUCGGGACGAAAUCAGAAUAAACACUGGUUUUGCACUGUC